AUCUCAAACCAUCAUGGCGUCCCAUACUGUCAAUGUCUCUGGAAUCGCACCAUCCACUACACAGGCUCAAUUACAUGACUUCUUCACUUUCUGUGGCAAAAUCACAUCGAUUAGCAUAGAGGGUGAGAAAUCGGGCAAGGCAAUCAUUGCCUUUGAGAAACCUAGUGCAGCAAAGACCGCGCUAAUGUUGAAUGGAGGUACUUUAGACGGAUCGACUUUGUCUGUCACCUCAGAGGUCGUCCACCAUGAUGAGCCCCAUGACGUAACAGGGGAGGGACAUCCCAUCGAGCAAACUGAUAAACCACGUGCUGGCAUCGCUGCCGAAUAUUUGGCGAAAGGAUACGCACUUUCCGACCACAUCCUUCAGCGAGCCAUUGACAUCGAUCAAACGCAGGGGAUUUCCAAACGCUUCCUUACCUAUUUCCAGUCACUGGACAAGUCUGUAGGAGAACGCGCAUUAGGGCCAGAGCAAACUAUCUCGGGGAAGCUUCAAUCGACCGUUGCAUCAGCAAGCCAGCAAGCGAGGGCCGUUGACGAGCAAAAGGGCUACAGCAAAAUAGCACAAGACUAUUAUGGCAAGGCCGUGGCCUCUCCUUUAGGACAGAAAGUUUGGAACUUCUAUACCACCACGACCAAGCAGGUCACGGACAUUCACGAGGAGGCACGUCGCAUCGCUGCAGAGGAAAAGGCGAAAGCAGCAUCCAGUUCUUCGCCGCCUACCGAAACCCCUAAGGAGACUGCUUCUGCAGAACCUUCCUCUGAGAAGGUUCAAAGCUAAUUUUAACGAAGGAUACUGUGCAUUAAAGUCGAAAGGCAUCAACUUAGCGGGUAGUUAUUCUUUAAAUUGUAGGGUAUUUGUAGAAUGUCAAGCGUCACCAUCCUGGUGAAAAUUGUUUAUAAAUGGGCUCGUAUCUUCCUGAAGAGUACCGCUGCAUCGUCAUCGUCUAACUCUUCGCGAGCUUCGAAUUCCUUUUGAUGCAUGUGAGUCACUGUAAGUGGAGAAGAGGCCGUGUCGGGAAGCGACGACGACGACAUCCCGAAGACAGGGGCGGGAAUAAUAUGAAAAUGGACAUGGGGAAUGGCUUGGGCAUAUUCCUGAUUACAUACGACAUUCAACGCGGUGUUUCCAAGAGCUUCAGUCAGCGCACGAGCUACCCUCGAGACAACUUUUCCCGUUGCCGCGGCAAAUUCAGGAGGAAGGUCAGAAAGCCUAGAGAUAUGUGGUUUAG